GUUUAUACUAUCAACUUGGAAUCUCGUUAUUUAUUAAUACAAGGAGUUCCUGCAUUAGGCGUUAUGAAGGAAUUAGUGGAACAAUUUGCAUUAUAUGGUGCCAUUCAAGAGUAUCAUGCUUUAGAUGAAUAUCCAGCAGACCAAUUUACUGAAGUUUAUCUUAUAAAAUUCCAAAAACUGCAAUGUGCAAGGGUGGCCAAGAAAAAAAUGGAUGAACGAAGCUUCUUUGGUAGUUUGCUGCAUGUGUGCUAUGCUCCAGAAUUUGAAACGGUCCAAGAAACUAGGGAGAAGUUGCAGGACAGAAGAAAGUAUAUAGCAAAAGCAACAAAUCAAAGAGAUCACUUUGUGUUAAAGAAAGAGGGGCCUAAGAAAACAGUCUCAAAGAACUCCGAGCAUGACCAUCUGUGGAGUGCAUCAGGAUCAGGUGCAGCCAGUAGCUGGGAUCCAUCCUGCUUUACAAAUUCUCACAGGGUAUCCCACAACACAGGGCAUCCAUGUGGGAAUCAGAAUCAGGGCCUGUUGAUAUUUCCCCAUAACAACCGUGAUGAAACUUCCGACUGCUUUGGUCAAAACGCAUCCCUGGCUCCUCCAGGAGGACAUACUCCACCAACUUCAUUAAUGCAGCAAAGGACAGUUCCAAUCACUAAUGGAGUUGAUAGGUUUAUGCCUCGUAUGACUCAUCUGCAAGAACGCAAGAGGAAGAGAGAAGAAGGUAACAACUUUUCUCUCAUUGGAACAAGUGCGGACAGUACUGAAGUCAUUAUUGGUCCACAGCUACCAGAAAUACCUAAAGUGGAUAUGGAUGAUGAUUCAUUGAAUGCUUCAGCUACAUUAAUUCGAAAUAAACUGAAGGAGGUAGCAGAUUCUGUUACAAGAACAUCUGUGGAAAAGCCAGAGAGCAGCGCAGCCAAGCCACUUGUAAAGCAGAGAAGAAGAAUAUAG